AGGGGCGAGAACGACGCGGAAGGCGCGUGUUAGAAGCGUAAGGUAGUGGCGAAAGGGGAUUUGGUCUUUGGUCUGGCUGCUAUCACUGAGAGCAGCGAAAAGCGAUCGUUGGCUACUCGUCGACGAGCUUACCCACUCGCCUGUCUGUCCGUCCAUCCACCAGACCGGCUGUCAUGACCACCAUGUUAUCCCGGAACGGUAGCACUGCGUUGGCGCCGCUACUCGUGUGCCUUCUCGUGCUCCGCGCAGCCGGCGUCGACGAGUACGGUAUAGAUAAACUGGAUGCAGCAACAGAACCGAAGUCCGAGCGGAUCGUGUCGUUGGAAAUUCGAUCGUCACAGGAUAUCGAAGGUAUAGAGGCGGGUAGCACGCCGUCGUUAUUAUGCAAGCUCAACGUGCCGGGUCAAGUCUGGUGGAGCACUGACGGUAGGAAUCUUACUACCAUCAAGGAUUUUGAGUAUGGUGGACGACUCGACAUAAAGAAGGCUAGCAGAAACGACACAGGCGACUACAAAUGCUCUGCGCUGACUGCUGACAAUAAAUUCCUUGAGAAAAAUAUUCAUAUCAGAGUGAUAGAACCUGGCAAGAUAACAUCCAGUGGGGACGUAAAGACGAGAGUGUCGGAAGCGGCCAACUUGACGUGUCACGUACAUGGUUAUCCAUUAUCUCAAUUUACCUGGUUAAAGGGGAAUGAUUCGAAUAGCAGCGAACACUUGAAGGAUCUCACCAUCGUCUCGCAAAUAAAUGAGACCUUCGCCGUUUUGAUCCUAGAAUUCAAGAGUUUGACGCGCAAGGACAACGGUACGUACACGUGCCAGGUGAACGACUACAACGGAAUAGUGAGCACUCUGACGCAUCUAUUCGUCACUGACGUGCCGAAAGUCAGCAUAGAUUUUAUGAAAGCGGUUGGAGCUGGCAGUAUAUUUCUAAAUUGGACUGUCAACGAUGGUAAUGAACCGAUCAAGAAGUAUUUUAUUCAGCAUAUGAAGAAGGGCACAGAUCAACGUCAGUACUAUGCUGAGCAGAUUGGCGGUGGUAACUCAAGCUACGUUCUUAAAGGAUUUGAAAGCGGUACCGCGUAUCAAAUUGGCAUUAGCGCUAUCAACGCGGUGGGCACGUCACAUAUGCAAUUAGAUCCACGUUGGAUUACUACAUUAGAGAAAGAUCCGGUGUUUGUGCCGAAAGUAUCCGUAAACGGUGUGACGGAGAAUUCGAUCACAAUAGGUUGGACCGUGCCGCCGCCAGAUUUGAAAGAACACGUGCACUAUUACAAUCUGAUGGCCACUCACGUCGAUCAGAAGAGAGAGGCGGUAUAUCCUGCUCAGCCGUUUCUUGUGUAUGCAUUCGUGGAUCUUGAUCCGGCGACUACGUAUAAAUUUAAGAUAGCUGCUUGCAGUGAGUACACAAAACAGUGCGGGAAUUGGAGCGGCGAGGUAAACGGCACCACCCUGGACGGAGUGGCUAGUCCUCCAAAAAAUCUCAACGUUAUCUGUCGUUACAACAAUAUAAGCAGCUUUAGUUUCAUGUCUAUCACAUGGACGCCCCCGGAGAAGCCGAACGGCAUUAUACAGCGCUAUAAUAUACAACUGAAUGGCGUAGCAAGAUUCAAGAACGACAUGGGACGUUUGGAUAUCCAUAGUUUCGAACCACCUAGCUGGAGUGUCUAUAACAGAAACACCACGCAUUACAAUAAGUUACCUUCCAAUACGAAUUAUACGGUUCGUGUGAAUGGAGUGACUAGAUCUCGCACUCCUGGCAAAAACGCUGUAGGAAACUGCACGACACCAGUCGCCGUUCCAGAUCGUGAGAACAUGAACAUGCGUAGUUGGCGCAAAAUCGAGAGUCAAGGUAGGCAGUUAUUUAAGCUGUACCUACCGCGUAUCUCUGAACGAAACGGCCCAAUCUGCUGCUACCGCGUCUACUUGGUGAAACUACCACCGCAUAAGACAGUUGGUGAUCUGCCGUCACCCGAAGAAAUUACGGUGUACUCUUAUCAAUACGCGCACAGUUCACUUACCGGCGGUGCCUACAUCGCCGAGAUAUUUGAUAGCGAUCAGUUGCAAACCGAGAUCUUCCUCGGCGACGGCGAGUCAUCUAACGGCGGUGCCAUGUGCGACAAGUGCGUUGGUCUGCGACCUAAACCGGCACCGCCGUUGUUACACUUUGUACCGGAAAUUCUAUUGACGACCAUCUCGACCUCUGGUAACACGAGCAGUACUGUUACCAGCACAACGAUGACCACGUCGGUGUCAACUGUAACAACUGCAAAUAGCAAUGAUAGCAGCACGACUGUCAGUCCAUCUACCGCAUCGACAACGAUCACUGUUAGUAGCGUGAAAAUCAAUAUGACCACAGCCAUGCCUGUGAUUAAUGCCACAGAAAAAACGGAGAGACGAAAGAGAGAGGACGCGCCUCUACAAAAAGCAUCCAUAGAUGGAUCUGGGGAAUUAAACGUAUUAUCGCCUUACGACGGUUUUCUCGAUGAAACGUCGAACUACACUGGUUUUAUUGAAGUUAUCGUGCUUGGUGAAAAGGAUCAACUUCUACCGGCUUACAGCAGUUACUUUAAUCCCCUUUAUGGCGGAGUAGAUCCUCUCAGCGUAACGGCCGCAGAGGCGACUACUAUCAGAGAAAUGAUAAUACAGCUCUUUAUCGCUCUGAUUUUAACUCUCACAAUUCUAUUUAUUGCACUUUGCGUGCUGUAUAGAUUUACGAAGCGUGCGCAAGAAAGAGAAGAAGUUAUAACGCUGCGCAAUAGUUUCAGACAUCUCUGUAGAAGUUUGAGAGGCAGGCAUCAGCUUGUGGCGGCAAGUCCACCGGAUAUGCCGCCCAUACCCAAGGGCGAGCUGUUGCAGGCAUACCUGGAACGCCAUCGGGAUUCGGAUUACGGUUUCCAACACGAGUUUGAGUUGCUACCCGAUCGAUUUACGGAUAGAACAACGCGCGCGUCCGAGGCGCAGGAGAAUCUCUAUAAGAAUCGUUAUCCGGACAUCAAGUGUUACGAUCAGACGAGAGUGCGUUUAGCCCAGAUGGACGGUAUCUGCGGCUCCGAUUAUAUCAACGCUAACUUUGUGCUGGGCUACAAGGAGCGCAAAAAGUUUAUCUGCGCCCAGGGACCGAUGGAAAACACCGUUUGCGAUUAUUGGCGCAUGAUCUGGGAGCAACAUCUCGAAUUGAUUCUCAUGCUGACGAAUCUUGAGGAGUAUUCUAAGACCAAGUGUGCCAAAUACUGGCCGGACAAGCGCGAGACUAAGAACUUUGGCGAUAUCACGGUGGAGCACGUGAAGGAGCGCGCGUACUCUGACUACGUGGUGCGCGAGUUGAAGAUGACGCGGCUAGGUGAGCGCGAUCCCCGUACGAUCGUGCAGUAUCACUUCCUCGUAUGGAAAGAUUUUGUCGCUCCCGAACAUCCGCACGCGAUCCUACGCUUCAUCAAACGCGUCAACGAGGCGUACUCACUCGAGAAGGGGCCAAUCCUUGUGCAUUGCAGCGCUGGCGUGGGUCGCACCGGCACGCUCGUCGCGUUGGAUUCUUUGUUGCAGCAGUUGGCCGAUGAAGGUCAGGUAUCCAUUUUCAACACCGUGUGCGACCUGCGACAUAUGCGUAACUUUCUCGUGCAAUCACUCAAGCAAUAUAUUUUCAUUUAUCGCGCGCUUAUGGAGAUGGCGCAGUAUGGUGAUACGGAGAUUUCAGCAUCGCAGCUUAAGUCUACGGUCACCAAAUUGAGACAACGAGACAAUGGAAAGGAGAAAUGUAGAAUGGAAGAGGAGUAUGAUAAAAUCAAUUCUGUAUUAGAAGAUCGGAAAUCCUUCUCUGUUGGUGGCGGAGACGAAAAUAGGUCGAAGAAUAGAAGCGAACUGGUGAUACCAUAUGACAGAAAUCGCGUGAUACUCACUCCUGUUCCGGGAAAGGAACAUUCAACAUACAUAAAUGCAUCGUUCAUCGAAGGCUACGAUAAUUCCGAGUCAUUUGUCAUUACUCAGGAUCCAUUAGAGAUCACUAUACCGGAUUUCUGGCGAAUGAUCUCGGAACAAUGCAUCUCUACAAUAGUUAUGUUAUCUGACUUGAACGAAGGUCCACGGAAAUGUCCACGCUACUGGCCCGACGACGAAACCGAUUAUGACCACAUAAGGGUCCGUUAUAUUCAUAGCGAGAGCUGUCCAUACUACACUCGUCGCGAGUUUUGCAUUUUAAAUACGAAAACUGAUGAAAGUGGGGUCGUGAAGCAGUAUCAAUAUCAUGGCUGGCCAACGGUGGAGGGUGAAGUACCUGAGGUGACGCGCGGUCUCAUCGAGCUGGUCGAUCAGACAUUAACGAACGACACCGAAACGAGCGGUUCGUUGGUCGUACACUGCAGCUACGGAUCUGACCGGAGUUCCAUGUUCGUGGCGCUUAGUAUAUUGGUCCAGCAGCUACGCACUGAGAAACGCGUAGAUAUUUUCACGACUACAAAGAAAUUACGCUCUCAGCGACAUGGCAUGAUCAGCACCUUUGCACAAUAUGAGUUUCUUCACCGUGCCAUCGUGAAUUAUUCGGAUCUUCACAAUUUAGCCGAUGACGAGACGGCAUCAUAAUGUUCGAAAAUUAGCAACAGCGAGACUAGAUUGUACUAAAUAUUAUUUGGGCGAAUAUGUGCAUAAGAAAGUUCCAUGAUGAGUAUCCGAGGAUCGAACAAAUGUUUGAAUACAUUGCGUUUAUUGCCCCAACCAAAGAUGAAUAAACAUCGUUAAAGAAUCAUUGUCAUCAUCAUCAUCAUUACUAUUAUCAUCGUCAUCUAAAAGACAAGUGGAUCGCAAUGCACAACACGGAUCUAAAGACUUGUAUAUAAUAUGUCCGCAAAUUUUAUAUAUGUGACUGUAAGUUAAGUGUAAAAGAGAAGCAUUCACUGGAGAUCAACUAGAAAUGAACUUCAACGUGAAUUUGCAAUAUCGUGAUGAGAACACCAUUAAGUGCAGUGUGUGACGUUACGAAACCGUUAUAUAGAAGCUUAUUUUUACCGGCAAUCUAACGAUACCGGAGCGUAAUAUGUAUCCACAGUGACAAAACAGUUUUGAUAUCGAAAGAUACAUUGAGCAGGUAGGGACACGCUUUUGUCCAUAUCCUCUGUAUGGCUGUACUGUGAAGAACUAACGCAGGAAGGAACGAAUGUACUUGUAUAGGUUUGGCAAUUCACUCUUUUGACAAGUAUAUGAUACACAAGCUGUAACUCCAAAUCAGUUCGCUUUUGCAAAUUGCAAUUGAAGUCGAGUAAUAAGAGGGAACUCAACAUUACGAUUACUCAUACAUUCAUGAACCAAUUGCGAAACCUUCCGCAAGGUUUCUAUUAACAUAUUAUUCUGAUGUUUACUACAGAAUGUUCCGUUUUGAAGCGAGCAAAAUGAGAAUCAUCUAAAAUAUAAUUCAGUAAACACCAAUUUACAGUAACAUAACAUUAAUGUUAUAAUUUCACGCUUAGCAACAUAAUUGUUAAAUACAUGUUAUAUUACAUUUAUAUUGUUGAAUGUGAAAUUAUAACACUGAUGUUAGUUACUGUUAGUGUUUAUUGAAUAUCUCAGCAAACCAUAAAUAUAACUCCCAUAUAAUAUAGAUAUAAAAUCUUUAAAUUUUAUGUAAAUAUAUUAUAUAGUACGUAUAUUUAUGUUUGCUGGGCUUUAUGAAGAGAUCUCUUCGGAAGAAAGCAUCUUCUGUGACGACACGAAGCAUCGUUGCUCUACAUUCUGUCGUAACGAUAAUAUUAGCAAUUAUGCGCACGUUGCGUAUAUUUAUAUGUUCUCCGACAAUGUAUGCAUUAUUAUUACAAUAUAUUACGCGUAUCAUGCGUGCGCUGGUUUCUCUUCUAAAUGAUGAAAAAAGACUGAUAAUCUUAUUCAGUUCGACAUAUAGAACCAUAGCACGUAACAUGGCACAAUGGCUUGCGUCUUAAAGUCUAUAUAAAUUCUAUGCCAAAG